AUGGUACCUGGUCACGCAUUUGAAGGCUUCAAAGCCAAUCAUCCGUCGAUCAACGACCUCUCCUGCGGCGAUAGGAACCACGAUUAUCUUCCGCAAGACGCGCAGUCCUUCGUUCGACGUGGGUGCGUUCUACCACAGAAGCGGUCAGGCCGCAUUAUGGAGGGAAAAUACGUGUAUACCACCCGCCACCGCGACGGGGUUCCAGCCGAGAAGGUUGAGGAAGUCAACCGCGUCGGCCUGAGAAUCUGGCAGAGUAUGAGAGAGGAGACGAGCAACACGAAGGAGGAGACGACUUGUGGGGGAGAGAAUACCCAGGCUGUCAAGAAGAAAAGUGCAGCUAGCGAGAAGCUUUGUAAUUUCGAGCCAGAAGACAUUGGCGAAGUCACACACGAUGACGCUAUCGAGGAGUCCGAGACUGUUGAGAAGGGUGGGGAGAACGGUGCCAUCAUCAGCGAGGAGUUGCUCGACGGCAAGGUGGAGGUCGCCAGCAAGACUCAGAAGUAUCGGGCUGUCGAGAAGCAGUUCGCCACUCCUGUCACCAAGAGGGCCGAGGUCUCAGACGAAGGCUUCGUCGUUCUCGAGGAGCGCGACGCGCCCAAGGUCAGACAUUCUCAGGAGUCCAAGGAGUACGAAGUCGUUGAGUGCGGUGGUUCAUUCGGCCACAUGAAAGCUGCCGAAAAGACCAAGGGCUUCUUCAGAAAGCUCUGCAGGUUCGUGGCUCUGGGUAUGCUUUAA